UGGAAUUUCAUACCAAAUUACCUUUAUUUGAUUUUCUCUUCACGCUGUGACAGCUUCAGAAGUCAUGCCCAUUUCUUCCCAGAAAAUCAGAGGACAGAAAAGCAAGCAAUGAACAAUAAAACUUAUUGAAUACAGUGAUUUAUACAAUUUUAGAAUCUAAUAACGUGAAAAAGCUCAUUACUGAUUCACUCAGUGGAAACCAGUACACAAUCAACAGUGGAAAACAGUAAAACAACAGCCAUAUACCUGAUUGUUUAUAUUGUACAUCUUUAUAUAUAGUUAUGUCUGUAUUUAGAAGACAGAUAACAAGAUCUGACAUGAGAGACUUGGAUGGACAUAAAGAAAGAGAGGAAAAGUAUAAAGGGGUUGUGUGUAUGUAAGAGAGAGAGAAAGUGAGAAAGCUAUUAUUGUUGUCAUGCUGUGUGUGUGUGUGUGUGUGUGAGAGAGAGAGAGAGAGAGAAAGAGAGAGAGAGAGAGAAAAGGAGAAAGUGAGAAUGCUAUUAUUAUUAUGCUGUGUGUGUGUUUGCUCUCUCCUUCCUCCAUUCACAUGCUAAUCAGAGCUGUAUAAAAUGCAGUCGCUCUGAGAGCAGCACACACUCCUCAUCAACACACACUCACACACACGUCAAUAAGUUUCACCCAGAAAUAAAGUGUGAUAGUCAUGACUGCGAUGAGUGCAACCCAGAGUGCAGACAGACAGAACAGCAGCAGGGACGAGAGGAAGCUGAGGAAGCCUCUAAUCGAGAGGAAGAGGAGAGAGAGGAUUAAUCAGUGCCUGGAGCAGCUAAGAGAGACAGUGGUGGGAGUCUUUGGGCUCGACCAGUCGAAGCUGGAGAAGGCUGAUAUUCUAGAGAUGACAGUAAAACACCUACAGAACAUCCAGAGUAAUAAAGUUACAGAACCAUUCAUGGACCAGGAGGCACAUCAGCGGUACAGCACCGGCUACAUCCAGUGCAUGCAUGAAGUCCACAACCUGCUGCUGUCCUGCGAUUGGAUGGACAAAACACUCGGUACUCGUCUCCUUAACCACCUGCUCCACUCGCUGCCCAAAUCCUCUCCGUCCAAACCCCCAGUCACUCAGUGUGAGCCAGUAACACCGGGAAUCUGUGAGGUGGACGACUCGCCAUCACCCACCAGUGUGACUCUGCCCACUCUAACUAAAGAUCCCGCCCAAUUGACUAGGCUGCCUCCCACCAAGAGCCCGCAUCUGACAGAUCAGGAAAUGUGGAGGCCUUGGUAGAACACUAUGUGUGUGUGUUUGUGUGUGUCUGUGUAUUUUACUACUCUGCUAUGUAUCUUAUAGAUAUACCUGUUGGUGAGUGUGCGGUCCAAAUUAGCGCAUCUUUCCUGAAGCUUGUUACUUCCUGUCUGAAGUAAACUUCCUGUAGCCUGCAUUGUAGAAGGCAGUUAAUGCUCCUGUGUUUAUUUAUUUGAUUAACACUGUCAUUUGUUGGAUUAAAUAAAAUCCAGAGCUAGCUCUCUGUUUGCUAGCUGACUAAUACUGUAGAGCCUGUGACCUCUAUGCUGUAUG